AUGUCGCCGAGUCGAUCUAUCCCCAUCAUUGUUGGCGUCGGCGACGUCAGAAACAAGUCCAACAAGCCGGAAGAUGCUAUUGAACCGUCAAAAAUGAUGAUUGGCGCCAUUCACAAUGCCGUCAAAGACACAGGCCUUGAUGCUUCUGCACAGAAACAGCUCCUCGGCGACACAGACGGCCUCCGCAUCAUCCCCACGUGGACCUGGGCGUACAAUGACUUGCUAGCCACUGUAGCAGAUGGCUUAGGAAUCAAACCGACAACAAAAGAGAUGCCGACUCACGGUGGCAAUCAGCCUGCCUUGCAAUGCGACGAAGCAGCGAGAGCCAUCUCCACCGGGCAGAGCAAGGUAGCCAUCUUGACCGGUGGCGAGGCCAUGGCUUCACUCGCUGGCUGCCAAAAAGCCGGCCAAAUGCCACCCCCUGGCUGGGUCGAGCCUGACCCUGACGGCAAAUCGGUGACAAUGGACAUGUCCAUCUUGGGAGAUGGCGCUGGCACACGACACUCCAUGGGCCUACCGAUCCAUGUCUACCCUCUCUAUGAGAAUGGGCGCCGCGCACAUCUGCAUCAGACUGCGCAGCAGAACAACCAGGAAUCGGCAACAAUGUACGCCUCAUUCGAUGAGAUUGGCACCAAGAACCAAUACUCCUGGAACUACGGCGAGAAGCCUAAACCAGCCGAAUUUAUCGGAUCCAUCUCUAAACGGAACCGCAUCAUCUGCGAUCCUUACCCUCUGCUGAUGAACGCCUUUAACGGCGUCAACCUAUCUGCGGCCUGCAUUCUGACAUCGACGGAGCACGCCGAGAAACUAGGUAUUCCCAAAGAUAAGUGGGUGUAUAUCCUCGGCGGAGCCGGCACCCACGAGAAAGAUGAUUUCUGGGAACGACCUGGGUUUGCCAGCAGUCCGGCCAUUACAAACUCUCUCGACUCUGCGCUGCAAGUAUCUGGCCUGAGCAAAGACCAGAUCGACGUAUUUGACUUUUACUCCUGCUUUCCCAUUGUCCCCAAGCUUGCGUGCGACCACUUUGGGCUCUCACCGACCAAGCCAGAAAAGCCAAUCUCGCUGCUCGGCGGACUAACAUCCUUUGGCGGCGCCGGAAACAAUUACUCCAUGCAUGCGCUCACGGCCAUGACGCGAGAGCUGCGCAGCCGCAAAUACAACAAUGGCCUGAUCCUGGCCAACGGCGGCAUGCUCACGCACCAGUACGUGGUCUGUCUGUCAGCGCAGCCUCGCAAGGACGGAAAAGAGUACCCUUCCAAGAAUCCGCUGCCGCUCGUCGUGCAAGACCCGGCGCCACCAUUCGUCGAGGACGCCAACGGCCCCGCCACCAUUGAAACUUAUACGAUUGAAUAUGACCGCUCUGGAGAGCCGAGUCUCGGUCUCAUCGUCGGUAAGCUCAAGACCGGCGAGCGCUUCCUGGCAAACCACGGCGACGACGCCACGCUAGCGAGACUGGCCCAGCGCUCCGUAGAGCAUAUUGGCGAGGCUGGCGUUGUGCGCAAGGACGAUGAGAAGAACCUCUUUUACUUUGACACCAAGCCAAACCUGUAG